GAUGUGAAGCAAGACAUUUCCUUGAGGAUGAGGAGACAUAUUAUUGUGGCAGGUGUUUCUAGUGUUCUCACACACUAAAUAUCGAGCAGAAUCACCUGCACAGAAGCAAACAGGUGGAAGAUCAUGCAUGUUUUAUAACUACACCUUCCUCAUCUGUCUGGCAGUCAGCGUCUCCAGGCAACAGAGGUCAGAGGAGCACAGCAUCCAAAACAGAAGAAAAACACAGGACAACUAGUUAUCAAUGAGUGCUAUUACGAGUUGGGAAGGUUGACUGAAUGUAGAUCUUGACUGAUUCUGUUGUGCUUUUGUUGACAGGCUAUUGCUUUUUGCUUUGUUUUUGAGGAUAAACGUUGUGGCCUGAACCAAGCUGAUCGAAGGUCAUGGACCACAUAACCCAUUUUGGAAGUCCAAUACUGGCUUCAAUCUGACUUCAAUGGCAAAUCAUGAGAAGUAUCUGCCUUCUACUGAUGCUGACAGUCACUCAAGUUCAGCUGUCGUCACUCUGCCCCGCUUCCUGUUUGGUGUGUACUGAAGAUGUCAUCAUCUGUCAUAAACUCUCAAGAAUCAUUGAUGCACCAGGCUCUACUAAAGCUUUGAUGCUCACUGAUGGCCUCAUUGAUUCGGUGGACAACAUGGUUCUCUCUGAUUUAUCCAACAUGAGUGUUCUGGCACUCAGCAACAAUGCCAUCUCCAGCAUCGAGCAGAAUGCGUUUCAGAACCUCACUUUCCUUUCGACACUGUCGCUGGACCACAACCGCAUCUCCAGUCAAACCCUGGACAGCUCCACGUUCUCCUGGCUUCACAGAUUGGAGACCCUCCAGCUUGGGAACAACAAUCUGAAAGACAUUGACGGCUUCUGGUUUCAAAACUCUAGUGCUUUAAAAACACUUCAGCUAGAGGGGAACCUCUUUACAGUCUUGAACUCCACCACCUUUGCCCACGCGGACCUGAGGAACCUGGAAACGUUGGACUUGUCCGACAACCUCAUCGUGUACGUAGGCAGCGAUAGCUUCCGAGGACUGCCUCGUCUCCACAGCCUCGAUCUGUCCCGAAAUCAUCUGCGCACCGCUCCGGAUGCCUUCUCAUACCUGUCGGGGCUCUCAGUGCUGAACCUUGAGUUGAACCGCUGGAGCUGUACGUGUGAGUUGAGAGAGCUGGCCUCGUUCCUCAACAGCUACAUUCAGGCUCCUGAGAAAGUGUUGUACAAUGGGCAGAGGAUGGUGUGUGUGAACACAGAUAACCCAGCUGUGCAGACUGUGCUGGAGCUGACUGACGCCAACUGUGUCCCGCCAAACAGGAAUAUCACAGUGGAGGUUGUGGCUAAAAGUAAUAACACUUCCCAGCAAUACAUUAGAAAUGUUGCCAUUGCCAUUGUGUUUUCAUUUUUCGGAGGUGUUGGGAUCACUCUGGGAAUGAUUGCCAUAGCAUACCACAAACUCAGUAAGAAAUUUAAACUUGCUCAGGAGGAGUGUAGAGCUGAAGAGAGGCACACGUCCAGCCCGGAAACAGCCCAGUGGAAUUUCUGCGAAGGCAAGGACACUCUAUCCAUGAGCCGUGCGCUCUACAACAGCAACUACAAAUCCCAUCAGCCCUGCGAGGGAGAAGACUCCCCUUAUCUGGGAUCAGACGCUCUGGAGAAUCAUUUCACCUGCCACAAGUGCAGCUCCACAGCCCUUUCCGUAGGAAAGCACAAAAGAGAGAUUGUCCUGCAUGGAGCCAGUCAUGUGGGUGAACAGCUGGCGAAUCAACGCCAACAUAGAGGGAAUGAUCAACAUUCUGUGUUGCAACUAAGGAGCAAAGACACGAGUGGACGGGCACACAAUGAGAGCAGGUCAAGAGUUCCAACUUCUUCCCAACGUCGUGGGGGUUCGAACGACAUCUCAGCUGUCAGAAUACGCCAGCUGGCCCUCAGUAAUCAUUUCUCAGCCCUCCAGAGAGGCACAUUCAGACCCCCAGACCAAAUCCACAAUGAAGUAACUCAAGGACAUCACUCACUAUUAAAACACCAGGACGAGGGCGUUGGCGCUCGGCCGAUUUACCAAACCAUCAGCUGUCUGCACUGUCACCAGACUUAUGAAUACAGACAAGCUGGAAGUAACAAACAGAGCUUUCCAUUUACAAAUCACUCGCAGAACACUGGAGCACAAAUGUAUGACACUAUGCUAUACAGAGACAUCUUGGGGUAUGACAAGUCAAACGCUGGGAGACGUGGUGAGAGUCGAGCUAGUGAGUUGGGGUUUAAGUUAGCUUCUCAAAGGAGCGUCACUUUUGAUCUAGCUGGGCCCGAGGAACGUGUCCUCACCACAAUGGCUGACAGACCCAAAAAAGAGAGUGGGAUGAAGAGCUCUAAAACAUCUGCACAGAAAAGCCCCCGAAAGCUGGGUAGGACUAAGAGCAGCACACGAGGACAAUUAAAGACCCAGAAAACCAGAGGACGAGCAAAGAGGACACUGAAAGUUAAAUUAAAUUUAAACCCCCUUCGAAAAAACAGAGUUCAUCCAAAGUCCAAUGAUGAAGACAAUAAUGAAGACAAGAUGUCCAAAAAGGCUAAGAAGGAAAAACUGAGAAGCAAAAAGGACAAAAAAGAUCUCCAGAGAAAAGACAAAACUAGCAAAAAAUCAAAAGACAACGCUGAGGGAUCAGGAAAUAAGGAAGAGGAAGACAACUCCGAAAUGAAACGCACUAAAAAAGGAAACAAGGAUUCAACGUCCAUGUCUAAGGAUGCAGAUGAAGUCACUAAAGAAAGAGGACAAGAGCAACAAAGCUGUAUUCCUGUUGAGGGGGAAACUCCGUUAGAGUCUGUCUUCGGCGGUAGAUCUGAAGCUCAAACGGCAUCAACACUCAGUUUUACUCUUCCAGAUGAACACAACGGUCUUACGGCUCCAUCACACCCUGACACUCAGCGGCUAUCCAAUCCAAAUAUUGAACUCCCUGAGAGUGAAUCCGCUGCUUCACAGGAUGUGGUGGAUCAGUCCAACAGUUCAGACCUGAGGAGCUCUGCUGCACCUGUCAUCCAAGAAUAUGUUUCUUCAGCCGAGGGCUCGCCAAAGAGGAAGUUAAGACUCAUUCUACCUGAAAAAACCUCCAACAGGCCACAAACGGCACUUGAUAAGAAAAUCAGAUAG